UUCUUUUAUAGCCUUUGUUCUCCUAUCUGGGGCUCCCUGUCUCUGUGUCUCUGAGGAUGCCGCACAAGAUCAGCUUAAGAUCAAGGACCUAAAUCAAUCAUAGGAAGGUGUGAAGAAAAAAAAAAGUGAUCAGGAAGAACUAAAUUCCUUCCCUGCUGACAUCAAGAAGAAGAGUCGUCUGUAUUUAGAAGAAGUGGAAGAAACAAGAGGGGAAAUCCAGCUUUGGAAUGGGCAUGAGAGCAAAACCAAAGAGAUCAUGACAUGGUGCAAUGACUCAGACGAUGAGAGGGCUCUUCAGAUAAUCUCGUCCACUCCAAAAGAAACAAGUGUUCUCGAUCCGAAAACCGAUGAACUUCGGACUAUAACUUGCCCAUCAUGUGGCCAUGACAUAGAAUUCCAAGAUCAGACGGGGAUUCAUGAUUUGCCGGGCUUGCCAGCGGGAGUUAAAUUUGAUCCGACAGACCAUGAAAUUCUUGAACAUUUAGAGGCAAAGGUGCUGUCUGAUACUCGGAAGCUUCAUCCCCUUAUUGAUGAAUUCAUUCCCACGCUCGAGGGAGAGAAUGGAAUUUGCUAUACUCACCCAGAAAAGUUGCCAGGAGUCGGCAAAGAUGGCCAAAUCCGCCACUUCUUUCAUCGACCUUCAAAGGCAUACACGACUGGGACUAGGAAACGCAGGAAGGUCCACACUGAUGAAGAUGGGAGCGAGACCAGAUGGCACAAAACCGGUAAAACUAGGCCAGUCUUUGCUGGGGGAGCAAUUAAAGGGUUCAAAAAGAUCUUGGUUCUCUAUACCAACUAUGGCAGGCAAAGGAAACCUGAGAAAACAAAUUGGGUAAUGCACCAAUACCAUCUUGGCAACAAUGAAGAAGAGAAAGACGGAGAAAUUGUGGUUUCGAAGGUUUUCUACCAAACCCAGCCUAGACAAUGUGGUUCAAGCAUUAAGGAUUCGUUUGAUCCAAGAUUGAAGAGCAUCCCCAGCGCCCAUGAUAAUAGUCCUUUACCUAAGAACGCUGCUUUCGUGGAGUACUAUGAUCCUUUUAUCAGCUACGUCGACCAGGGGGGCCAUAAUAGGGAAAUCCCACCACAACUAAUCCCGAAUUUGGUUGUCCAAGGUGAUGGGUCUUCGUUUAUUCGAUUAACUGCAGAUGCAAGCAAGAGGAAAAUAUGAGAGAAAUUAAAUAGUGAUUGGAGAGCUUUUGGUAGGGUAUCGAUGAUAAUGACAGCUACUCCUUCGGACGUUAAUGUUGCUAUCAUUACCGUGUAAUCCGCGAAUAAGUUAUUAGAUUGAGAUUUUUAAUGGGUAAAAGUGGUAAGGGAAUAUGAUAAGUGGCUUCCGAAUUGGGUAUAUAUAGAAGAUUCCGCCAUAAAUAGCAGUACCGUUCUCGAAGUUCUUUUGUGCAGGGAUGGAAGAUGUCGGGACAGUGACGUACGUUGUCUUUAGAACUGUACAGAGGUGAUUCGUACAAACAUCCAUACGUUAGUAUUUACUUGUUCUAGUUUCAUCACUGUCAUCAUGUCCGUCUACGCUUUGUUCCUUCGAGAAACUUUUGACUGAAUUGAUAACGCUCUCGACGUUCUACCUUUGGUAUUGUACAAGCUCUCCAUGUCGUACCUUUUUAUACGAUAAGAGUAUUUUCAUUGUCAA